AUGUCAACGGAGCGAAGCACCACCAUCUUUGUCGGCGGUCUCUCCGAUGCGGCGACAGAGCAGACGCUGCACUCGUACUUUUCGCCCUUUGGGGACAUACUCGAGAUCAACAUCCCAAAGGCCGAGGGCGGCAGGGCGAGGGGGUUCGGCUUCGUCGUCUUUUCCUCGCCCCGCGAGGUCGAGGAUGCCGUCGACAACAUGCACCUCAACGAGAUCCUCGGCAGGGUGGUCAAUGUCAACAUCGCGAGGCCGAUGAAGACGUCGGCGGGUGGACGCGGACCCGUGUGGCAGGACGAGGACUGGAUCAAGCAACACGCCCUCAAACCCGACACCAUCGGCCAGGAUCCAUCAGCAGCGGCGACGGCGGGCAGCGAAGACACCAACGGCGCCCAGCCAUGA